UGGGAAUUAUAAAACGGCGAGCAGAAAAAUUAAUAUCACAAGUAUCUUCCAACAUGUCAAGCAGAACAGUUCUAGUGCUAUUGGCUGUCAACGUGUUGUUGGUUCAGUCAAAACCAGCAACCCUUGAAAAUGGCGCUCCUUCAUCGACAGGUUCAGAGGAACAAAAUCUCGACAGCUUGAUCCAACGGUUGCAAAUGCAUCCAACAUCCUCCAAUGUCGUCCAAGCCCAAGCCCAAGUUUCUUCUGCUGCCGCAAACAAUCAGCAUGUCGCUCUCAAUGAACUACUAAGAAACCAAAACUUCGUUGAGAAGCUCGUCGAGUUCUUGCAACGGUUCCAGCAAGUCUACCAAAUUCUGUUGAACGGACAACCUGGAUCCCAGAACGCAUCGCCUAUACCGAACCUACCAUUGCCUACUAACUUGAACCAAGCUAGCGUGCGUGGAUUAUUCAACAACCCAUCGUUCAUGAACUUCUUGGAUGGAUUACUACAUAACAGCCAAGGCUCCACCUUCUUCUCCCAAUUCUUAGGCAAUCAAGCAUCGCCCGUUGCCUCACAAAUCCAGCAAGUUGCACCAUCCCAAUCCCAUGUUACCACCACUCAGUUCACAUCGAGCCAACAAACCAGCUCCUCACAGAGUGGAGUCAACAACCUACCUGCCAACCCCACUUCUUCAAACAACGUUGCAACUGUUGUAUCAAACACCGUAGUCAACAACGCUGCUCCAUCUAUUGUUGAACAUCAGGAGUCUAGUAAUGUUGCUUCUUCAGAUCAACAGGAAGUUUUUGUCAAUGGCCAUUCCAGACCUGUGAUCGCAGCGGUACCGCAGAACACAGCUUUCAACGCUGAAUCAUCUGUUGUUGUCAGUGAAUCUCAUACUUCUUCGAACGCAGCACCUGUUGCUGGUACAGUGGCUAAUAACCCUGCUCCAUCAGAAUCAGCAGCAACCGGAUCAUUUGGAAAUGAAGGAAUCCAAACAGAAGAACAAGCUCCCGCUCUCGACGCUAGAUUUGGAAAUGCUCCCCGUGAUAUCAAACAGAUCAUCAUAACUGAAGUGGACAGUGAUAGCUCGACACGGCCAGUCGGUCCAUCAUCCCAAACCUCGAACGGUCAGAAUUUCGUGGUUAGCAGCAGUAGUGGAUCGUCUGAUGAACAAUCCGUACACUCCAACGAAGCCACAUUGGAUAAACUUCUUGGAUUCGGUAACAAUGUGGCAGCUGUAGCACCUCAAAGUGACGUAGUUAGCCACUCAAGUUCCUCCUAUCAUUCUGUACAAUCCAGCCAGGUCAGCGGUAACGGCAUACCACCAGUACAAGUGCCUUUGGUGCAAAAUAUUGCUACGUCCAGUAGCAAUGACCAACAACAGAUUCUGAACAGUCUGCAACAACAAGCUUCGAACUCUCAAACUUUUGCUAGUGGAUCAAACGAAGCUGUUCACACAAGCGAAGCCCUAUUGGAGGAGUUGCAGAAUAACCACUUCGAUGUCAAACCUGUAGUACCUGACCAAUCCAGCUCUUCCUUCCACUCUGUACAAUCUAGUCAAUCCAGUCAAUUCAAUGGAAAACCACAAGUAACUGGAACUGGACCGUUUGUUGCUUCGGGAAGUCCACUGAAACCUUACCAUGAAGAUGAGGCAGAGAGUAGGCGCCAGGCACAAAAUGCUAGAUACCAAUUUGCUACCCAGGUGAAUGACAACAUCAAUGGCAACUUCCAGCAGAGAGCUGAGGUCAGAGAAGGCACCAAGGUUUACGGAAAAUAUUCCUACGAUGAUGGCUUCGUAUGGCGGACAGUCUACUACCAAGCAGAUGAGAACGGUUAUAGAGUAACAAAGGAAGAAGUGAGUCCGACUCAUAUGACCAAGAGUGUAAAUGGAGAUGCUAAUGUGCAGACAUUCAGUGAUGGAAACGUAGUGAACUAUCACAUUACUAGGAAAGAUAUCGGCACCAAGAAACAAACACAGUAUGGUUAUGGUGUUGGAAGAUCACAAUAGU